AUGUCAUUCUUAAAAAGUGCUCAAUCUUUAAAACCAUUAUUUGACAGAGUCUUAGUUCAAAGAUUAAAACCAAAGACUCAAACUGCUUCAGGUAUCUUCAUUCCAGAAAAGAAUGUUGAAAAAUUAAAUGAAGCCACCGUUAUUGCUGCUGGUCCAGGUUUAACCCACCCAGCUACUGGUGAAAUCAUUCCAACUUCUUUAAAAUCCGGUGAUAAAGUCUUAUUACCUCCAUUUGGUGGAUCAUCCGUCAAAAUUGGUGAAGAAGAAUAUUUAUUAUAUUCUGAUAAAGAAAUUUUAGCCAAAAUUGAAUAG